AUGAACCUGCUCAACAAGAACGAUGCCCUCAGUCUCGCCAGAUUGCGCGAUGUUCUGAUUCGUCUCGAGGACACCAUCAUCUUUGCGUUGAUUGAGAGAGCUCAGUUUGCGUUGAACGACUGCACCUACCAGCCUGGCGUCUACAAGUACGACAAUGGAUCCCAGGGAUCCUUCCUCGAGUACUUUUUGCACGAGAUGGAGAAAGUCCACGCCCGGGUGCGUCGUUAUACCUCCCCUGACGAAUAUCCGUUCACGUCGCCCCUGCCCGAGCCCAUGCUCCCCACCCUGGACUUUCCCCCAACUCUGCACCCCAACAACAUCAACGUCAACAAGGACAUUAUGGAACGUUAUUUGCAGGAUAUCGUACCCAAGAUCUGUGCCCCUGGCGAUGAUUUGAACUAUGGAUCCUCCGCUACCCGCGACACCGAAUGCUUACAGGCCCUCAGCAAGCGCAUCCACUAUGGCAAGUUUAUUGCAGAAUCCAAGUUCAUGGACCCAACUCAACAAAAGACAUACAUCAAACUGAUCCAGAAUAAGGACCGGGAUGGGAUCAUGGAGCUGUUAACCAACAGGACGGUUGAGGCUGCACUGUUGAGAAGAUUGAGGCGCAAGGCUUUGAUCUAUGGAAGUGACAUUACCGAGACGGGUGAGGUUGUGACCAAGGAGAAGGAAGUGGAAGAAGGAUCAACAGCGACAGCAGCAGCACCAGGAGCGACAACAACGUCGCGAAAGAUUCAGGCGGAUGUGGUUGCGGAUCUUUAUGAGCGCUUUGUGAUCCCUUUGACCAAGGAGGUUGAAGUGGAGUACCUUUUGCAGCGGUUGGAUGGGUGGCAGAUCCCUGAGGAUACAAAGAAUUAG